CGGCUCCGUGAGCAUGUGGUGAACUGUCAUCGCACUCUCGACGCCCUAAGACGCUAAAGGACUACGAGCGUACCGCCUCAGCUCAUCUCUUUUGACUUGACCGUCAGCCUUUACAGCCAAAAUGAAAGUUGUGGGACCUACCUGCGCGCUGAAGAGCGGCAAAGUCGGAGGGGAGGACGUCGUCCGCUGUCUCUCCGACCAGAGCCUGGCCAUCUCCAAAUGCAAGAUCCCGCUGCUGGACGAGCAGAUGACCAUGUUUCUCCAGGACAUGAACAGCUGCUACAGCAAACUGAAAGAACUGGUGCCCACGCUGCCGACCAACAAGAAAGCCAGCAAGGUGGAGAUCCUGCAGCACGUUAUUGAUUACAUCUGGGACUUGCAGGUGGAGCUGGAAAGCAAGAAGAACCAGAGCUCCGCUCCCAGGACUCCCCUCACGACUCUGAACGCGGAACUGGCCAGCAUUUCUGUCGAGAACGGCUGCUCAGAUGACCGAAUCAUGUGCCGUUAAAGCCGACGCUCCCGGUUUCACGUCGACCGAUCGAGAAGCGUCGCGAAGAACCAACGGAGGCGCUCGGGCUGGAGGCGACGACGGGAGCAGAGCCGCCGAGACGCCUUGAACUGUGUUGUUGGGAGAAGCUCCUUCUCCUUCUCCUGUCGUAGAGGAAAACAACUUUCGGCGGAGAGUCGCGAAACUGUCACGAGACGCGAAGCGUGACGGUCUCUCCGAGAUCUUCCCAAACAAAUCGAUGUGUGUGUGUGUCAGCUGUGGAAUCCAUGGCGACUAUUCACUUAAUAGUUCGUGCAUUUCCCUUUCGGUCAAAGUUUCUCCGAUGUUUUGAUAACUCUUCAGAAAAAAAAAUGUCUAUUUUGUUGUAAAGUUUUCUCAGAUUACUGAGCGAAAGAAUGUAUUGUAUAUUACAAUGACGUACGACGCGAAUGCCUUAUUGUGUUUUUUACAAUGUAUAUUGUUUUUUUAAUUAAAACAAGAAAAUGAGACUCA